AUGGAGUGCCUUAAAUGCUGGAGUGCUUUGUCUCGUGGUUUAACACAUGAUUGUUCUUUUUCCUGUAGGCACACGGGAUGUAAAGUUUCAGAAAGAAUACUCAUAGAAUAUAGGAAAUGGAAACUCUCUGCAAGUCUCUUCCCUCUUACUUCAUUUCCUCUGUCUUCAUUGGUACUGCAAAACUACAUUAUUCUCUGUCGGCGAAAGUCUUCAAAAACUAAGAUGGAAACAGUGAAAAAAAGAGGCAGAACCGGAUAUAAAGAAGAUGCACGUGCUAGACAGCCAGAUGAUUGUUCAGAAUCAAAUCCUGAAGUUGAGCUUACUCCUAAUCCUGCUAACAAUGGAAAAAAGGUUGUAAGAGGUAAAUCUACAUUACAGGUUAUUCCAACGGGAGAAUCUAAUCGACAGUUUGUUGAGUGGAAUGAAAGAGGACAACCUGUUGGGGAAUUUUCAAAAAGGUUUAGCUCAACUAUUGGGGUUUUAGUCAGAGAGAGUGUCCCGAUCAACAUACAAAAUUGGACUGCUGUGGAUGGUGUAACUAAGAACAGUGUCUGGGGUCUUUUGAUGCAAAAAUAUGUAGUGGAUCUGACUCAUAAGACAUUUAUCUUACAACAAAUGGGAAGGCUAUGGAGAGCUUGGAAAUCUGAUCUCUCGACUAACAUCAAAAGAAUUGUAGAUACUAGAUGCACUAAGUCAGAAACUACAAGGCUACUUGGCAUUCUGAAGCCCUCUGAUGUGCCACAAAAAGAGUGGGAUGAGUUCGUGGCAGACCGUAGUUCAGAGUCAUGGCAAGAAAAGAGUGAGAAAAUGAAAAAAAUAAGAGCAAAUCAGACUUUAACACACACAAUGAGCCGAAAAGGUUAUGCAAGGUUGGAAGAUGAAUAUAAAAAGGAAAAUCCUGGAAAAUCAUUGAGUAGGGCAGAAUUAUGGAUUAAAGGACACGAGCAGAAGAAGUCAAAAAAUGAGCAUGUGGCUGCCAAAAUUAUUGAAAUACAAGCUAAACUUGAUGCGCAACCACCUAGUGAAGGGCGUAUUCCGAUAAAAUAUGAUACACUAAGUCAGGUUCUUGGUAAGGAGCGUCCUGGCCGUGUUAGAGGUUUGGGAUCAGGGGUUACACCUUCAAAGGUAGAUGCUCAACUAGAAAGUAGCUCAUGGAAACAAACAUUAGAGAAUAAAAUUGAUGCAAUGAGUGAGCGCACAAAGAUUCUGGAGGAUAUAAUUUUAAAGAUGAGCCAAAAUGGGAAUGGUGGUGGUGGUGGUGAUGGUGAAAAUAUGCAUGCUGAUUCUGUUGGUACUCCACAAAAUGGGCAUGGACAUGGUGAAGGAAGUAUGAACCUUGGUACUGGAAAUUCUAAGUCAGAACAAGAUAGCACCCAACUUUCUAUUAACGAUAAGUGCAAGUUGCUAAACUGGGAGGGCACAAGUGAAGUAGUGGCUAGAGGAUACAUUUCUGAUAUUAACCCUGAAUCAAAAGUGCAUGGCUACAAACUUGGACCUGACUGUUAUAGAAUUGCUAUUGAGGAAGUUGUCAUGUCUGAUGCUGAAUUUUAUCGAAGUCAGCCGGAAUUUGUGACUAUGGAAGAUGCACUUGGAAGUACUGUUGCUUGGCCGAUUAAGUACAUUGUCUGUGACAAUUGAAAUUGUAUCUGCAACUAGUUUUUUGUUUUUUUUUUUGUACUUUGAAUUGAAAUAGUAUAAGCAGCUAUAUAUAUAAGUAUUUUGUACUUUGAAUUCGAUAACAAUGUGUGAUAUAUUCAAUGUUGGAUUUAUAUAAUAUUUGUUUUUAAUUAAAUAUUAAAUAAAUUGAAUAAUUUUUUUUUUCAAAAUUUUAUUUAUCUUAUGACACUUUGUAAAUGUCAUUGAACAUAUGAGCAUGACAUUCACAAAACGUCAUUAAAACAUUUUUCAAUGACAACUAAAAAACGUCAUGGAAAUACUUUCUAUGACAUUUUCAAACCGUCAUGGAAAUAUGUUUUAUGAUGUUUUCAAACUGUCAUGCAAAACUUUCUAUGACGUUUUCUAACUGUCAUUGAAAUACUUUCUAUGACGUUUUCUAACAGUCAUGGAAAACUUUCUAUGACGUUUUCUAACUGUCAUGCAAAACUUUCUAUGACGUUUUCUAACUGUCAUUGAAAUACUUUCUAUGACGUUUUCUACCCGUCAUGGAAAUACUUUCUAUGACGUUUUCUAACCGUCAUGGAAAUACUUUUGAUGACGUUUUCUAACCGUCAUGGACAUACUUUUCUAUGACGUUUUCUAACUGUCAUCGAUUCAUGCCACAUAAGACGGCACCAGUAUAGACGACGUUCUGCAUGACGUUUGAAAAACGUCAUGAAAACCAUUUUAUGACGUUUUUCAAACGUCAUUAAAAGUGUUCUGUGUAGUAGUGUC